UUAUAGUUUAGUGUUCGAAUUUGUUCCUGCAACAUUAGCUCAGCUUAAAACAGAGUAUUUCCAAAAUAUAAAUGUGCUCGAUAUAAAGCUUUGUAUGUGGCAAUUAUUCGCGGUAUUGGAUCUUCUUAAAAAGCUAAACAUAAUUCAUCGGGAUAUUAUUAAGCCAACAAAUUUAUUAGUCAAUCCAAUUACAGGACGUCUUACAAUUGCCGAUUUUGGAUCAGCUAUCUGUUUGGCUCGUUAUAUUAAUCGAUACCGACGAAAUUAUACUGGAAACAGAUUCUAUCGCCCUCCAGAGCUUAUCUUGGGAGCUGCACGCUACGACUGUUUGUUAGAAUUUCUGCCUACCAAUGUCGCACCAAUACAAAUUGAAGAUGACGAUGCUAGUGAAGAAUUAAAUGCAAUUUUGGCCAAAGCUCGUUUACUAAAAAAUUCUGAAAAAAUGGUUAAAAAAGAGCUUUUUCUGAGGAUGUUCAAAUUUACGACGCAAUAAAUGGAUAAUUUUCUUUUGUUUACCGAGCAACAAUUAAUAAAAUUUUGUAAGACGGUAAAGAUGAAGCCUUCACAACUGGUCCCAAUAAAACGAACAAAUAUUCUAAAAGUUAGAUAUUUUCGCGAGUUGCACAUUCUUCGCUGAUUGU